AUGGUCAAGAAGAGGGCGAACAAUGGUCGCAACAAGAACGGCCGUGGCCACGUGAAGCCCAUUCGAUGCUCCAACUGCUCGCGCUGCACACCCAAGGACAAGGCGAUCAAGAGAUUCACAAUCAGGAACAUGGUUGAGUCGGCUGCUAUCCGUGAUAUCUCCGAUGCCUCGGUCUUCGCCGAAUACGCUGUGCCCAAGAUGUACUUGAAGCUGCAGUACUGCGUCUCUUGCGCCAUCCACGGCAAGAUCGUUCGUGUCCGUUCCCGUGAAGGUCGCCGCAACCGUGCCCCACCACCAAGGGUGAGGUACAACAAGGACGGCAAGAAGGUCAACCCGGUCCAGGCCAACGCCCGCACACCCGCUGCUGGUGCCGUCGCCGCCGCCUAG